UAUAAAUACAAGUAGAAACCUUGGUUCAUUUCAUACUCAAAUAAACACUUAAACACUACAACAAAAAAUGGGAAUCUCCAAAGCUUUUGUUGUUUCAUUUCUUCUUUCUCUAUUUCUCCUCCAACUUGUCCAAUCCUUCCAACCCAAUCAAGUCGAUAAUACUAGUACUAACGAGUACCCAUCCACCAAGAUUGAUUGUAAAGGGUCAUGUGCAGCAAGGUGCAAACUAUCAAAGAGGCCUAACCUAUGCAACAGGGCUUGCGGGACAUGUUGUGGAAGGUGCAACUGUGUGCCUCCGGGCACAUCGGGCAACUACGAGUCAUGUGCUUGCUAUGCUAAUAUGACCACCCGAGGCAACAAGAAGAAGUGCCCUUAAAGAAUUCCCCCAAAAGAUUAAAACUUUUUAUUAAUUAUUCGUGAACCAUCCAUGCUAAUAAAAGUUCAUAUCUUGUAUUUCUUUCUUAUGUCUAUUUUCUGAAGUUUUCUUUUCUUGUGUUACUAAAUAUUUAGUGAUUCUCUUUGUACACAUGAGUGAAGUUUGGUUAUGGUUAUAUUCAUCGUGAUUACUAAA